AUGCCAAAGAUAUCUUGCGGAUAUAUCAACGAAUGCAUGCUGUUGCUCGACAAUUGCUUGGUCGGUCAGCGUUGCGUCAAUACACCGGGAUCGUUCAAAUGUGUUCGGACACUGCCCUGCGGUACCGGAUACGUACUGAACAGCGAUACCGGACAAUGCAUUGGUGCAUCAGCAGUUCAAGAGUACUUGCAACUAAUUGAUUCACUGAUGCCGUAG